CCUUGGUCAACUCUGGAACUCCCCUUUGCUGUGUAUUGCAUAAUAAUCGCGGCUUAUAAACACAGCCAUGAACGCCUCAUGAACAUUACAGCCUGGUAAAACCCCGCGUUUCAUCUGAUCGAACUUUUCAGAGUAUUUUAUUUGGUAUUUUUAAGCCUUACUGAGGUGCAGGAUCUGCUGCGUCUCCUCGCGACAUGUUCAGAGCUGAAACGCUUUCUGAUUAGCGUGUGAAGUGGAUUUGUUUUUAGUGGUUUAAUGAGGUCAUUUCAGGUGUAAUGGCUCCCAGAAAGACGUACAUCAGUGUGGGUUACUCCUGUGUCGGGGUUCUGGUGGGAUUUUCAGCUUUCCUGGUGUGGAACAUCGUCUACAAACAGCCCUGCACCUCCGCCAUGGGAGGAUUAUCAGGGGUGUUGGCGCUCUGGAGUCUCAUCACUCACAUCAUGUACCUGCAGGACUACUGGAGAACGUGGCUGAAGGGUCUGAAGUUCUUUCUGUUCGUGGGCGUGUUUUUCUCCGUGCUCUCCAUCGUCGCCUUUAUCUCCUUCCUAUCCGUGGCCGUCUCACGUAAAGAGUCGCUGAAGGACCCUCAGAGCCUGUACCUGUCGUGUGUGUGGAGCUUCAUGAGUCUGAAGUGGGCGUUCCUCCUGAGCCUGUACUCUCGCCGAUAUCACAAAGAGUUCGCCGACAUUGCCAUCCUCAGCGACUUCUAACACACACACACACACACACACACACACACACACACACACUCACUCUCUCUCGUACAUGAACACCUUGUCUCACAGGUUGCACAGUGAGUUGAGACAUACUGCUACACGUUCUCUUUUUAUAUGGCUGUGAGGAUGAAGGCGGUGACGAGCGGUCGUCACGGCGACUAAAGAGAUUAAAGGAAAACUCCGGCGUUUUUAAAAAAAAUUUUUUUAUCCGUCUCUCUCUCUCUCUCUCUCCACCGUGUCUGUAGCGGACGUGAUUACAGCACGGUUGAGAAUCUCCUCACGUUUCCCUGCACCGCGUGGGGAAAACUCACUUAUGAUAGAAGUCAAGGGGCAGAAGCUGAACCUCCUACAGAAAGCGAUAUGUUUCCUCAUCUUUCCUGUACAGUAGGGAAACGUAGCCUCAAUUGCACUGCGCUUUUCUUUUUUUUUCUUUUUUUUUUCCUUCUCGUCGGCCUCGUAAAACCAUCGCCGAUGAAUCGUCCGUGUAGAAACUUUAAGAAAGCGUCGCUCUGCGUCGUGCACCGGUCAUUUCCUGACCUCUAAUAACCACCGGAAAGUUGUUUCCAAAACUAAAACAGACGAGUGGUAGCUUUUCUGUUUCCCCACCCGAGCACUUUAUGGUUACCGGAAAACACCGAACUCUCUCUCACACACUCACACACACACACACACACACACACACACACACACACACACACACACACACGUUUCUACCUUGCACAAGUGAUGUGUGAAAGGAUGAUUUAGGAGCUGUACCACGUUUAAACUACGCUUUAUUCCUCUUCGAGGUCUGCUUUGGCGCGGAGGGAUACUACACCUUCAGGAAAGGUUAAAGUACCCGGAACUACUUUUUACUUCACUACUGUGUGUAAAAGUUGUAGAUAAAUGUCCGUAAGGAAAGACUUUCCUCAUCCUGCAGGUCUGUAGUUGUGUGUGUGUGUGUGUGUGUGUGUGUGUGUGUGUGUGUGUGUGUGUGUGUGUGUGUGUGUGUUUAAAUGUUUAGUGCUGUAAUUCUGUAACAGCUGCCCCCAGACUUCCAUUAUGACUGAAUUGGGAGUACACUGUUUUUUGUUUUGUUUGUUUGUUUGUUUGUUUGUUUGGAAAGGUGUUGACUACACACUUCACCCACACAAUGCUUUAGGAAUAGGAUAAAAAAUCAUUUUUUAAAACUCCGGAAUGGUCCUUUAAUGCGGGUCGUACGAUGUUGAAUAGAUUUUAUUAGCGCCGGUGCUUUUAAUCUACUUUUUGUAUAAUUGUGUGAUGCGUUUCUGAACCUUUGCCAGUUUUAAAAACAUGCAGGUCUUUUUUUCCCCUUCACUUUUUAUGAAAGGCGUGGCUACGGAGCGUCGCUGGUGACAUCACUACUUCGUAAACACACUGCGUGACCGCGAGUUAGAUCAUUAAAUAUGGUGGCAUUUUCAUAAAGAGUGAGCGGUGUGCUGCGACUACAGUCUGGAGUGUAUAACACACACACACACACGGGUUUACGGUAACCAUGGUGACUGUAGUAUGUAUAUUUGUAUAUGACUGUGUGAGCGAUGUAGAUGUUCGAACAGUUCACGCUUUAGGUUUAUGGUUGCUUUUUAAUGACUGUAUGUCAGACGUGCUUUGCAGGAGUUUGUUCAGUUAAAGCAGUGGAUUUGAGCGUGAAUCGUCUGCGACGGGAAACCUCUCCGUUCUGUAGACUGCCAUGUCCUAGUGAUGUUCUAACGAAACGUUUUGUUUUUCUUUCCACGUAUAAUGUUCUGAUUUCACAUUCCAGAACAGUUCCUUACACGUCGUAUCGUUUGAAUUAUUCGGAUGUUUUAUCGAAUUGUCGUCAACGAUAGAACCGUGACAUUCAUCGCUUUUGUAUAUUUUACACUCUUUCCGUGGAAGGGAAAAAAAAAAAAAGAUUGCUUUAAUUGAACAAACGGAGGGUGAUAUUUUUAUCGGAAAAGUUGUUGCGUGCAGAAAUUUAAUAAGACGUGUACGCGCGUGUAAACUUGCUAAACUUGGCCAGCUUUACUAAAACAAGCGAGCGUAAGGGUUUUACUUCGCAGGCACCUGUUUGAAGGAACAAAAACAACGGCUACGAUUUGUUAUCCUGUCCGCGUGCAUUAAUACGUCGUGGCCACGCGUUAUUUAUUAGGGGUGUAACGACCCGGCGAUUUGGAUCGAUGCCUUGAUUUUAAAAGGCGACAACAUACGUUGUUAUUAUUAUUAUUAUUAUUAUUAUUAUUAUUAUUAUUAUUAAUAAUGAUGGAAAAAGGACAGGCGAGAGUGGUGUGGGAAAAAAUGAUUAAUAUAUUUUUAAAUUGAUUCAAUUAUUUUAUUGGCUCGCAAGAUCAUUUAGCUGUAACUACAGCUGCAACAACUAAUCAAUAAAAUCGAUAAUAAUCGAUUAUGAAAAUCGUAAGGAAUCUCAUUAAGGAUCAGUCGGUGUGCGGCGGUACAUUUACUCAUUACAUCUGUUCUGAAAACACGCUUCGGAGAGUAAAUACUAAAGUGUCUCAAAUCUCGUGCUGUACACUUGCACUAUGCACUGUGUACUCUACCGUCUAGUGCAGUGAUUCUCGACCGGUGGUGCGCAGACCCCUAGUGGUCAGUGGUGUAAUUGCAGGGGGUCUGUAGGAAAGUUUUAAAAAUGUUUAAAACAUCUCAUUUGAAUAUAUUUUGAUACAUUUAACAAAAAAAAAAAAAACAAUAUUAUUUAAAAUUAAUCAACGUGGUUAUUCGCAAAUAUCACAUCGCUCACUGGUGGAUUUAUUUUAAAUUUAUUUACAAAUGAAAUGAUCAUUUGCAAAAAGUUCAACAAGUUCAAGUGUCGCAGUGAUGGAUAAAAUAAACGAAGGAUAAUUCAGAGAGUCGAAUUAAACGUCACACCGACAAAAAAAUCUUGAAGUGUUUUUGAUUCAAUUUUCGUGUUAAUUGCUGUGGAGUGAAGCGGUGCUUGUGGAUUGUUUGAAACACGCGAGGGGUCCAGAGCUCACCGGAGCUUGAGAACCACUGGUCUAGUGUACGACUUUUAGAAAGGUAAGAUCAUCUCAAGUGGAACACGGUGGGUUUUUACUAACCUGAAAGUUUCCCCCCAUCCGAUUAAUCGAAAAAAUAAUGUCAACUAAUCGAUUGUGAGAAGAAUCGCUAGUUGGAGCCGUAGCUGUAACGCUCCGAACCGUUUCCCUUGAACAGCGGGUUCGCUCCGGAUUGUCGUGUAUCGAUGAGACGGUGAUUCGUUGUGUCGUCGUUAAAUUGAAUCAUUGCAUCAUGAAUCGAAUCGAAUCGAAUCGUGCCAUCAGAAGUGUGACAUUUACACCGUGUGGUCGUCACCGGCGCGGCUCCGUACUCCUCGUAUCCGGGAUCGUUGCGUUACGAUAAGGGACGCGGAGAUGCGUGAUAACUUUUUAAAAUGUUACUUUCAGUGUAUUUAUGCCUGUAUUAAUCUCACUGAUUUAAAAAUAAAACGAAGAAUGCAGCGACACAACCGAGUGAAUACCGCUGACCGUUCGUCAACGUCGUGAGUAAAAAUGUCGUUAAUGGCGUGAAUGUAGCGAAUGGUUUGACGUGAGACUUCCGCGUGCAUCGUCGGUCAUAAAAGCGCAGCAGGUUGCAGCCACUCGCGUUUCUGUUUAUCUGAAGAGAACAGAUGUAAACGUUUUAUUGUUAUUCAGGAUAUGGAUCCUACGGAUAAUGUUUGUGUGUCUUUAUAUACGUUUCCGCGUGCACAUCAUGUUAAUAAAACACUUUUAUUGGAAUUACG